CUUCGACCUGAUCCCUUCUACACAUCAACCCACAUCACAAUGUUCGCCGCCCGUUCCAUCCCUCGCGCCCUCAAUGGCGCCCGCGCCUUCUCCACCUCGCCCGCCCACUCGCUGGCCCGCAUGCAACUCAUUGGCCGUCUCGCCGACCAGCCCGAGCUCACUCCCACAUCCACCGGCCGCGAGAUGGUGCGGUACGCCCUCGGUGUCAAGGGCGGUCCCAAGAAUGAGAACGGCGAGAGACAGACCAGCUGGUUCAGAGUCGCCAGUUUCGCCGAUGGCCCUGGCAGAGAUCUGCUCCUGAGCCUGCCCAAGGNNGCCGAUGCUCGUAUGGACUCCUUCCAAGCCCAGGAUGGCUCCAACCAGACCCGUCUCAACCUCGUUCAGCGCAACUUCGAGGCUCUCAGCCGUCCCCAGAACCGCUCCGACUCCGACAGAAGUGCCGCCGAGGAGCCCAGCAGUGGCCUUGGUGCAUCCUAG